ACCGAAACCACCAUUUUCAAAGUUCAAACACUUCGGUUUCUGGGAACAUAACAAAUCAGAAGACUAAAUAAACAAAACGAAACACGUUGCAGGCUCUCAGCUGCGUUGUCUACAAAUCUAAAAGCUUCUUCCAUCUAUAUCCUCCUCUCGUUUUGAUCUCUACAUUGGUAUGGUGAUUCUGUUCCUCUCUCUUCUGUUGCUGCCGGCGGCGGCUAUCACCGACGCGCACGAAGUGGAACACUACCAGUUCGGUCCCUUCAAUCAAACAUCUUACAACACGUUCACCCUCCUCGGCAAAGCCACGAUCAACAAAGAUGCUCUUCAGAUCACGCCGGACACGGCCAACGGCAACUUCAGCAUGAACAAUAACUCAGGUAGAGUCUUAUACAACCACUCCUUUGUCCUCUGGAACCCUGAUCUCGACUCCACUACAACUUCACCGGACUACGUCGCCUCUUUCAACUCCUCCUUCCUCAUUAACGUCUAUCGUCCCAACAGCUCCGCUGCCCCAGGCGAGGGCCUUGCCUUUAUCAUAGCGCCGGAUUUGACCAUCCCGGAAAACAGCGCCGGACAGUAUCUCGGUUUGACUAACUCCACCACCGACGGUGACGCCAACAACCAGUUGGUGGCAAUCGAGCUCGACACUUUGAAGGAAGGGUUUGAUCCGGACAGCAACCAUAUAGGGCUUAAUAUCAACUCCGUUAAGUCUAACGUAACGGUGCCGCUAUGGGAUUACGGAAUCGAGAUCGCUCCACCGGGGACGAAGUUUUACAUGGUGUGGAUCCAAUACGACGGCGGCUCACAUAACCUGUCGGUGUUCAUGGCCAACCAGACUAGUGAAUCGAAUGCAGGGUUUAGUGGAGCGAUCCGGCCCAGACCAACCAUUCCAAUUCUAACCGCCAACCUCAACCUCAAGGACAUUGUGAAUCAAAAGUCCUACUUCGGAUUCGCGGCCUCCACCGGAAGCAACAUCCAGCUCAACUGCGUGUUGAGGUGGAAUCUAACGGUGGAGAUUCUCUCGGAUUUGGAAAGUGGAGGUGACAACAGUAAGGUGUUGAAGAUAGCACUAGGGGUGGGUGCCGGGUUGGUUUUGGUGCUAUUCUGCUUAUUCGGGGCGGGUCAUUAUGUGUGCAAAAAGAGAAAGGCUAGGGCGUCGGACCCUAACAUUUUGGGAGCCCUGAAGAGUCUUCCCGGAACACCGAGGGAGUUUAGUUACCGGGAAUUGAAGAAAGCCACCAACAACUUCGACGACAAGCAUAAAUUAGGUCAAGGUGGGUUUGGGGUGGUGUACCGAGCUGUGUUAGCUAAGGAGAACAACCUUGAGGUGGCGGUGAAGAUGUUCUCUAGGGACGAGGUCAAGGGCAGGGACGACUUUCUGGCCGAGCUCACCAUCAUUAACCGUCUCCGGCACAAACACCUCGUCCGGUUACUCGGUUGGUGCCACAAGAAUGGGAUGCUUCUCAUUGUCUAUGAGUACAUGCCAAACGGCAGCUUGGACAACCACCUAUUCUCCGGGCCGGAAAACGCGACCCUAGGAUGGAGCCAAAGGUACAAGAUUGUCUCGGGUGUGGCCUCGGCCUUACAUUACCUCCACAAUGAAUAUGAUCAAAGAGUAGUCCACCGAGACCUCAAGGCUAGCAACAUAAUGCUCGAUACCCACUUCAACGCGCGUUUGGGCGACUUUGGCCUAGCGCGCGCCCUGGACAAUGAGAAGACCUCGUAUGCUGAAAUCGAAGGUAUCCCGGGCACGAUGGGGUACAUUGCCCCUGAAUGCUUCCACACGGGAAAAGCGACAUGUGAGUCUGACGUGUAUGGGUUCGGUGCCGUUGUUCUAGAAGUCGUGUGCGGUCAACGACCGUGGACUAAAAUCGAAAGAUACCAAUUGUUAGUGGACUGGGUAUGGUCGUUGCAUAGAGAAGGCCGUCUUCUCGAGGCCAUGGACGAGAGGUUGGGCAAGGACUACGUAGUUGAGGAGGCCCAAAGGCUUUUGCUUCUUGGGCUGGCUUGUUCGCAUCCAAUUGCGAACGAGAGGCCCAAGACACAAACCAUAAUCCAAAUCAUGUCCGGGUCGGUGCCGGUGCCCCGAGUCCCACCUUUCAAACCGUCUUUUGUGUGGCCUUCCAUGCCGGAAGGAGUGAGCAGCAUUGCCAACACGAAUAACACGACGUCGUCUUGGCCUCUCGGAAUGUCAGCUUCAGAUAGGUCUGAGUGGAGCCCACAUUUGGACAGCAGGGAUAGCCUGGACCGGUAUGGAGGUGCAAGAAUAUAUAGCGACAGUUCUUCAUUGGUUUAAGAUCAGGGUUAAGUGUUCUUCUCAAAUCUCAACCAGGGUUCUUCUCAUAUUAUUUAUUUUUCCAGUCCAUCAUUUUAAAUAAACAUAGAAAUUUCAUAGUUUUUUUUUUCACGAAAUUUCUUAGUUUUAGAUUGGUUUCUCUUUUGUUUUUCACCAAAGGUGAAUGUCCUAUGUGUAAUUGUACAUUCUCUUCUGAAUUUAUAGAUGAUACAGAUAUUGAUUGU